AGGUGCAGCUGUAUCCUGGUGCUCUGCACAGGCCCUCUGGCUCUGCUCGCUCUCUCUCACUCUCUGGGAAGAUGGUGUGGAGCACAUGCCUGGCCUCACAGUCGCUAGGCUUGGCCUUAGGCGCCUGGCAGGAGCUCAGUACAUUUGGAGCAAGCAGUUGCCUGGGGCUGGUGGCGCCUGUCUGCACAGUUGAAUAUCGCCAUCUUGCUGAGCCUGUACAGGUGGUGGAUACAGGAUGUGUUAGGAGGGGAUUUCUGUCCAGGCUGAGAUGACGUGAGGUGUGAAAUCUCCAAGGGACUAAACCAUGCAGCAUUCCUCUAUGAGCCAGAGCUUCCUUUCACCAGUAACAUGCAGCAGCCCCAUCACCCUGUGUUGUCUUGAGUUGUUAAUAAAUGAAUAGCUGAGAGGUGUGUGCGUGCAUGCCCCUGACUGGUCUGGUGUGUGCAAAGAGCAGCUCACACAAUGGGUGUGUAGGGGGCAGCUAGUCCCAGAGUGCUGCCUGAGAGGGACCCAGUGUGCACCUAGAGGCAGGAGUCCCUCCCGGGUGCACCCCCUCCUUACCCACCAUGCAGGGACUCAGGGUGUCUCGCAGCAGGGUUGUUUUUCUUCCUAUCCUGGCCUCCAUUCUCUCCUGUAGCCGCAAGGGCAGGACGUGCUGCCUAUCUGAUAGGAACAGACUCUAUUGGUGCCGUCACUGUCAGCGGCUGAGCGGCCACAGCAUGGUGGUUUGGGGGCCGGGGAAGUUGGGUGGAUGGGGGUGGAAGGGGCCCUUCACCCAGGCUUCCUGCGGAGCGAGGCUGACAUGUCUCAGAUAAAGGCUUUGUGUCUCAGAGCUCCAGCAGCAAGCCAGGUCCAGAAAGAGAACAGCCCUGCCCGGGUGCCCAGCUCUGCAGGGCAGGUGGCUGGAGCCCUGCGCUCUGACUGGCACUGAAUGCUCACUGUGCAGAAUGGGGGCCCAGCUGUGUCAAGAACAGCCCCUUUUCUUGGUAGCUGGACUCCUGCUCAGCCUCCUCACUCCUGCUUUGAGCCCUGCUCCGGUGACAUCUGAAGAUGUGGCUCUCCUGGGAGAGGUUUCUGAGACCAUUCGCUGCUUCUCCCGAUCUUUUGAAGACCUCACCUGUUUCUGGGAUGAGGAGGAGGCACAGCAUGGGAACCACACGUACCGCUUCUACUACACCUACAAUGGGGAGAAGGCCAAGCAGUGCGUGCUGGCUGUGCAGAGACGGAGCGGCAGCGGCAGACGUUACGUCUGCGUCUUCCCCAGCAGCCAUGAGGUGCGGCUCUUCACACAGCUCUGCAUCCGCGUGCUAGACACACCCGGCAACCAGACCAAGUACUCCCGGGAAGUCACCGUGGAGACGGUUGGGCUCAUUGCUCCCCCUGUGAAUAUAACGGUCAUCUGGACUGGGGCAGCUGGGGAGCUGCAGGUGAGCUGGGAACCCCCAGCUACUGAAUACACCGAGCUCUUCAUCUAUGAGAUCCUCUACUGCAUUGUGGGCUCCAUGGAAUCACCCUGCCGGAAGCAAGUGCAUAGCACCAGGGCUUGUGUCCUCCACCCCCUGCAGCCCGGGGCCAAGUACCACAUCCGGAUCCGCACCAAGCCAGAUGGCUUGUCCCUGGAUGGAUUCUGGGGCCCCUGGUCUCAGGCAGUGGCUGCUGAAACACCCCGCUCCUCAGGAGAGAUCGGGCUGCGUUGUUUCACCUCUGACCUGCGGUGGGUGCAGUGUGAGUGGACCUGGGAUUCUGCAGAUUCCAACAGCUCCCACAGCCUCUUCUAUCGGUCCCAAGGGAGCAGUGAUGCCUCCAGAGGCCAGGCUUGGCAGCGCUGUCAAGAGCACAGUGCAAGGCCCCAGAACACCCAUGCCUGCAUGUUCCAGCCCAGGAAUGACAGUGACAUCUUCAUCUUGGUGAAUAUCUCUCGGAGGCACCCUGAACCAGUCCUCAGCUACUUUGGGGAGCCGUUCCGGAUGCACCAGGCCGUGCUCACCAGUCCCCCAAGGAUCUUGCAGGCCAACAUCAGUGGUGGGCAGCUGAGGCUGCAGUGGGCCCCACCAGAGGAGGAAUUGGCAGAGUACAUGGUGUAUCAGAUCCGCUACUCGGUGGAGAACAGCCUGGACUGGAAGGUCCUGCAGAUCCAGCAUGCGGCCAACAGUGAGACCCUGGACCUGCGUGCUGGCCCCCGCUACCUCCUCCAGGUGCGAGCCAAGCCCAAUGGGCAGCAGCUCCAGGGGUUCUGGAGUGCCUGGUCAGAGACCAUCGUGGUGGAGUCCCCAUCUGGAGCAGGCAGCAAGGACACUGGGGAGCCUGAUGCAUUCACUGCUUCCUUCUCUGUCCCCGGCUGGAUAAUACUGAGCCUUACCAUCACACUGCUCUUCUUUGUGGGACUCCUGGGGCUGAGGUGCUCUUUUCCCUCUGCGUACAGCAGCGUGAAGCGAAAGCUCUGGCCUCCUGCCCCAGAUCUGCAUCGCGUCCUGGGCACUUUCCUCACUGACGACAGAAAGCAGCAGCAGGCAAACACUUCAUUCUACAACAAGCCCUUGGAAGAUGUGAUCCUACCCUGCCUCCUGGAAGUCCUUUCUGAGAGGAAGGGGGCUGAGACUCCCCCAGAGCCCACCCUGCUGAAGACAGCAUGCCCAGGGUCUGGCAUCCCAGAGGGCCCCGAGGAUGAAGAGGCUAGCAAUCUCUCCUCUCCUCAUCAGGACUACAUGGUGCUGCAUCCCAGCAGCCCCACAGGCAGCCGCUACGAGAACGAGUACCUGGACAACAGAGGGGAGGGGGAUGAUAUCUACCUUAGGGGUCUCGCUGUGCUCCUGCUCCAUGUCCCAGAUGCUCACUCAGAGCUCCGGCAGGACCGGGCUGAGAUCCAGUACAACGCACAGGUGCCUAGCAGCCUCCAGGCUGAACACGUGCCUUUAGAGGGGCCUGUAGACUCUGAGGAGGAGGACUGGGAGUGCCCAUGCUCCGGGAAGCAGUCCAUGUCCACUACAGACAUUUCUAACGAGUCCUACCUGCUGAUGAGCAGCUGGGAGCAGCAGCCCUUCCUCUGAAUACAGGAUCUGCUACAUGCCCUAGGCUGCCCAGCGAGGAUGGGAGUGAGGCAGAGGGCUUGGCAUGUCAUUAGAACCUCACUGCUGGGAUGUCCAUGCCUGCCUGGAUUCUCAGCUGGGCUGGAGGAACCCCCAUGGGCUAAUACUGUAGAGCAGGGGUCGGCAACCUCUCAGAAG